AUGUCCGAGUGUCGGGAUCCGAAAGGUUUCUCCAGUCCACGGCUGCCUGCUGUGACCCGCAGUGACCUGUCAGGACCAACAAGAGGAUCCAGAGACGAAGAGGAGCUGAUGUCUCCACCGGACCUGGACCUGAGGAGGAGGAGGAGGAGAGCAGGUUUGUUUCAGAGACCUGAGUCUGGAUCAGAACCCUGACAGUCAGCUCCUGUCAACUUCUCGGUGUGUUUCCUCUCAGCUCUGUCAGAGGGUCAGACUGGGUUUGGUGCUUCAUGUUUUUAUGAAGAUCUGUGCUGGAAGGAGAGAAAGCUCUGGACUCACAAAACCAUCUUAUCAGCAGGUUCUGAUUCUUGGCCCUCAUCUUCAAUCACAGAACCUAGACCUGUCAGAUCUGGACUAGAUUUCCAAAGAGCGAACAAAGAAAAACUGGAUUUCUGUUUUUUUAUAUAUAUCUAUAUAUAUAUCUAUUUGCAAAAAUUCAAACAGGGUAUUUCCAUUUCUUUCUUUCUUUCUUUCUUUUACUGUUUAGACCACAUGUGACCCAAGUCCUCACCCAGAACCAAAAUACCUGGACUUUUCAGAUCUGGACUUAAAGGUGGGGUCGGCAGGAAUCCGUUAAAGAGGCAUCUGUUUUUGUGGUGUAUUUAUCAAAAAGCUUUUAAUAUCAGUCAAUAGUUAUUAGUUAUUGAUGACAUUUGGUAAUAUAUCGAUAUCUCUGUGUUCUCUUAAGGUCCGUACACACCGGGACCGACGCGAAAUUACGAAAUAUUCGGAGGCGACUUUGACGCUCCUGACUGUACACACACCACAGCAGACUGAGUGUUUCUCAGUUCUGAUCAGACUCUAGUGUUGAGAUGUCUGUCUGUCAUGAUAGCAUGAACUGAGUCGGGUCAGAACCAGAUAAGAACAUUAAACUAUAAUCCAUAAACGUAAGGGAACAACUGAGACCUGAUGGUGCUGUGACAGCGACGCUGUGACUGAGGUCACUCUUAGACAGAAACGGUCUCCAUAGAAACGAAAACGUGCCGUUUCGUUUUCAGUUUUUAUGCUGUUUACACAAAAACGCAAUUCGGUUGAAAACGCUGUAAUGUGCAUGCCAGGUCGCUAGGUGGCGCGUGUCGGUGUGACCGCGCUCCCGUAUAGACCAACAACGCACACGUACAACAACUUCUGUUCUACUUCCUAGAAGCACGCAGCACAAUAUGGCGAACAAACGAUCCAAUUAAUUAUUAAUCAUUUAUUUGAUGCAAAUAAUUCCGCCGCCUCCUCUGCUGAGCUUUGUGAUUCUGUACGGGUCGAAACUGAGCUCCUGCCUGUUCAGUAAUAACGACAGCGCGACUCGGAUGUCUAGCAUAGUUGUUAUUGUUAUUUUCAAGGAAGCUGCGCAUGGCUAUGAUGUCAUAAACGUGAGCCAGGACGUCACAGGUUCGACUGUUUUCAGCGUUUUUGUACUUUAGACCAAAGCGGGACGAGCAGAGCGUUUACAACAUUUCCACUCCGGAGGGGUUUUCACUUUGUGACGUUUUCAUCUCCUGAAAACGCAGCUGCCGUCUAAACGGACCCCCCUAAACGAAACGAAACUUUUCCGUUUCCUAUGGAGACCGUUUCCGUCUAAAAGUGGCCUGAGUUUGAGACAGUCAAAAUACAUAUGGUAUGUUGUAUCUGAACUAGGGCCCGACUGAUUUAUCGGCGAGCCGAUUAAAUCGGCCAGUUUUAGCCGUUUGAGACUAAUCAGUAAUCAGCCGAAACUCGCCGAUGUUCUACGAUAUUUUCAGAAAUAAAAUGCGGAGAAUAAGAAUCGGUUUCACUUUGAAAAUGUUCCUCCAUUUUAAAAAGUUCCCCGACUUAUCCUGUAGAUGGCGCUACAGAGACCUCAUGACGAUCUUCAUCCACUAACGACCUCACAGCAGAGUGAGGAUCUGAAGCAGCAGCUCAGGGACACGGAGGAGAGUGGUCCGCCUCAACGGGAAAUAAACCAGUUUGUGAAAAACACAAUUAAGCUCCUCUCAGACCGGGACAGUUUUUUUCGUACGAUUAUUUCAGACGUCAAUAUUUUUUUUCAAACCCGUAUCCUGUCAACACAAGCGUUCACAUCAGCGACGUUUCCCCGUCCUGCGAUAUCGCAGCAUUUAUUUUUUCGGAUCACGGUCGAUUUUUCUAAAGUUUCUCAGACUGUGUGUCCACUUCUGACCAAUCAGAUUUCGUGUUGUUGCGACGUCAGAUUCACCGGUAUAUCCAACAUGGCCGACCGGCUGAUUGUUUCCGUGUCGGGGAACACAGUGAUUUUUGAUCAAAGACACAAACAUUACAAAGAUAACGACCUGAAGGACGACUUGUGAAGACGAUGGUUUGUGAGCUUUAACGGUUUGAUAAACGGUCCUGCAGUGAAAGGACCUUCACUCUCCUAACUCAUGAUUAUUUUCCCCGCUGUGUCUCUCUCUCUCUCCAUAUUCUAGUGUGUUCUCCUGAGAUCCAGCAGCUCUCUGGGGUUAAAGAAGAGCUUCACGAGCAGCAGGGAUGGAGUCCCAGUCUGGGUCAGGAGGAAACCAAACCCCCACACAUUAAAGACGAACAGGAGGAACUUUGGAGCGGUCAGGAGGAAGAGGAGCUUCAAGGACGGGAGGUGGAAGAUACCACAGAGUUCCCGUUCACUGUUGUCACUGUGAAGGGUGAAGAUGAUGAGGAGAAACCUCAGUGCUCACAGCUUCAUCAGAGACAGACUGAACGGGGAGAAUCAGACGCUGAUGGAGAGGACUGUGGAGGAUCCAGUAACUUUGAUGCUCAGAGUCAUUUACACUCAGAGAUCGAGGUCAAGGUUGAAGACUUUUCUGAACCCGAGACUGAAGAUGGUGAGGAUUAUUGGGAGGGUAGAAAUCAUCCACCAGGUUCGAACCCUCUGGAGAACAUGAGCGAUACUGCGGACAGAUCCCACACCUGUUAUGAGUGUGGGAAAACCUUUAAAAGGAAAGGUCAUCUGACCGCACACAUGAUCGUUCACACAGGAGAGAAACCCUUCAGCUGUUCAGAGUGCGGUAAAAGUUUUAACUGUAAAGGAAAUCUGACCAAACACAUGAUCAUUCACACAGGAGAGAAACCCUUCAGCUGCCCGAUGUGUGGCCGAACAUUCAACUGUCGAGGUAGUAUGACCCGGCACAUGUUAGUCCACAUAGGAGAGAAAUCCUUCAGCUGCUCCGAGUGUGAGAAGAUCUUUAAGAGUAAAGGAAGUUUGACCCAGCACAUGUCCGUUCACAGAGAGGAGAAAUCCUUCAGCUGCUCUGAGUGCGGGAAAAUAUUUAAGAGUAAAGGAAACCUGACCCAGCACCUGUCAGUCCACAGUGGAGAGAAACCAUUCAUCUGUACCGUGUGUGGUAAAAGAUUAAAAGGAAGGUAUUAUCUGGCCAAACACAUGAGAAAUCACACCAGGGAGAAACCGUCCGAGUGUGAUGACCCUCGAGAGAAUCAGGCAGUUCACAAGGAGCAGCACAGUGAGGAGGUGCCCUUCAUCGUAGUAGAAAUAUGUUAG